UUUUAAAUAUGAACAUUUUUCGUAAAUGUACAAACUUUUUAAUAUGAACUGUUUUAGGUGUUUUCUUUGGUUUUAACCAUGACUAUUUUGCAACUGGAGGUCGUCGUGUGGAAAAACUACAUCAUAAGAAAAAGGCAUUGGUUUUUAACAAUUAUAGAAUCAUUCCUGCCAGUAUGCCUAUUUUUAUUGAUUGCCUAUGGAAGAAGCCAAAUCACAGGCUUGAAUAAAAUAGAAGUUCCCAAUCCCACUUAUGGUACGAUUGAAGGAAUAAAUUAUAACAUAGAUGUGGCUAGCACAUAUAUAUUAUAUACACCCUAUAAUGACUACUAUACUAACAUUACUACCAAAUUGUUAACCAAGUUGGGGAUGCCUAGUGAUCACAUUCAAAGAUUUGGAUCAGAAAAUGAAUUACUGGGAUACUACUAUAAAAAUCCAAACUAUACAACAGUUGCGAUUAUAUUUGAUGACAAAAACCCCAAACAUUUCAAUUACAAGUUGAGGUAUCAUAAACACUACUACAAUCCAGAGUUUUUGGUCACCGAUCGCAUGUACCAAAGAGUUUACGGAUAUGCCCCGUCUAGUCAAUUCGUUUAUCGGGACGAAGAUUUUUUGAAAAUUCAACUAGCCCUAGAUAUGUCAUUCUUGGAGCAAAAUUUGGGUACUAACAAAAUAGAGGAUACUUACUCCGUGCAAAUACAAGAAUUUCCAUACCCUCCCCAUAAAGUAGACUCCGCUAUAACAACGCUAUUUCUGGAGUUUUUGCCGCUAAUCACAUUAUUUAGUUUUAUAUUUUUGUGUCCAGCGGUACUUAAGAGAGUUGUUGAAGAGAAACAUUCAGGAACAAAGGAACUAAUGAAAAUGGUAGGAAUGAAAUCCUGGAUGCUCUGGUUUGGUUGGUUUAUUUAUGCCAUGAUACCGAUGUUUUUCGCCGUUAGUGUCAUAUCUAUUUUGAUGAAAGUACCAAUGUUUGGGUCCGACGCUCCACUUGUUGAAUUUGCCAACGGCGGAAUACUAUUCGUUUUUCUGAUAUUGUAUUGUAUGGCUGCAGUAGCAUUUUGUUUCGCCGUCAGUUCCUUUUUCAGUAGGCCUACAAUUGCAUUGGUCGCAGGAAUUCUCGUAUGGAUUUUAUCAUUCUUCGUACCAAAAUACGCAUUCGGACUAGAUGAAGCAAACAAAUUAUCUUGGUUAUCCAACGUUCUUUUAAACUUACUACCAAAUAUGUCUCUUCAUUACGGAUACUCCAUCAUUUCUGUAUUUGAAGAAAGAGAAGUCGGCAUCAAUUGGACAAAUUUCUUCAAGCCUGGUAGUGGAUCAUCAGAUGAUAUCACCAUGUUGAACGUUUAUGCAAUGUUAGUAUUCGAUACUGUUAUCUUCACCCUUUUUACAUUUUAUAUGGAUGGAGUUAAUCCUGGAAAAUACGGAGUCCGAAAGAGUGUAUUAUUCCCGGUUCAAAAUUUAAUGAAGUUCUGUAGAAAACCAUCUAUUACCACGGUUCCAGUAGAUUCUGAAACAGUUCCUUUGGAGAAGAUUGAAGCAGGUCACAAUUUAGCUAAGGGUAUUCAAGUUAACCAUCUCCACAAAAGGUAUAAACAAAAACAAGCUGUCAAUAACCUGAAUUUGGACAUUUAUAAAAAUCAAAUUACUGUACUUCUUGGUCAUAACGGAGCAGGAAAGUCAACCACUAUGUCAAUAAUAACAGGACUGGUUCCAGCUACGUCUGGUUCAGUAAAAAUAAAUGGAUUGGAUAUUAAUUCUGACAUGGACGAAAUCAGAAAGAGUUUGGGUCUAUGUCCCCAACAUAAUCUUCUCUUUACCGAUUUGACAGUUAAAGAACAUCUCUUAUUUUUCGCCAAGCUGAAAGGAAAAACUACAAAAGAAGCUAACGAAGAAGCAAAAAGUUUGUUGGCAAAAUUAAAUAUGCCCGAUAAAGAGAAUUCCAUGGCGCAUACACUCUCAGGUGGUAUGCAAAGAAAGCUGUGCUUGGCAAUGGCCCUUAUCGGUGAUUCAAAGGUACUAAUUUUGGAUGAACCUUCUUCGGGGAUGGAUCCCCAAUCUAGAAGGGAACUUUGGGAUCUAUUGUUAGCAUGGAGAGGAGAGAAAACAAUACUUAUUACCACCCACUUUAUGGAAGAAGCAGAUGCACUAGGAGACUGGAUAGCAAUAAUGUCUGACGGUAGUCUAAACUGUUAUGGUACUCCCAUGUUUUUGAAAAAGAAAUACAAUACAGGUUACCACUUAUCCUUAAUGAUUGAAGAAGACGCAGAUAUAGAUGCUAUUAGUAGAUUUAUUAAGACUUUUAUGCCCGAUGCACAUUUGACGUCAAAUAAUGGAAACAACUUGGUCUUUGUUUUACCCUAUCAAAAUACCAACAUGACGAAACUUCUUGAAAAUUUGGAAGACAAACGAUCCGAUCUACACCUUAUUAAUAUAUCGAUAACGAUAACGACUUUAGAAGAUGUAUUCCUAAAAACACGCCAAGAGAUUGAAAGUUUAUCAGAAGAAACUUCAUCAGCUCCCACACAAGAAGACAUCGAACCCCAUGUUUCUUUGACUCUUAUUACUUUACUUAAAAAGAAAGUGAAUUUCUCUCUAAAAAAGUGGUCAACAUACAUUGUACCUGUGGGUGUAGCAGUAGUCCUUUUUUCCCUUGCGGUAUUUUUAAGUUCUGGAAGUGACUACUAUAGCGAAAGGGGACCAGAACUACCCCUCAAACUCAGCAGCUACAAACAAACCUCGGUUUACUACAGCGGGGACACAUCAAACGAAAAACUUAAUACAUUGAUGAAAUAUUACAUGGCAGCUGUAGAAUCGCAAAAAAGUUUACCAUUCGAAGUUGAUAACGUUGAAAAAUCUAUUUUGCAAAAAAGUUUGGAAAACAUAGCUUAUUAUAAAGAACAUAUGAUUGCUGGAGCUAAUUUCGUUUAUGAUCGUGACUUUAAAUUAAUAGCAUUAUACAAUGGUAUAGCUACUCACAGUACUCCAAUUUCUGUAAAUCUAAUCACUGACUCGUUGGCUAAAACGUUAUUAGGUCCCGAAUAUGCAAUAUCUGUCAGUAAUUGGCCUUUACCAUACGUCCAAGAGCGACUUUCAUCACAAGAAUAUUCGGAAGCUAAAGUUGCUGUUUUAUGGCUUAUCUUAUUACCAGUGGGAUGUCUUUUUAUUCACGGCAUUUUUAUCAUAUUCCCACAUACUGAAAUAUCAACGAAAUUUUUAAGAAUACAGUAUAUGGCUGGCGUGAAACCAUUCUUCUAUUGGCUUGUUAAUUGGAUUGCCGACAUGACAUUUUACAUAUUUUUAAUGUUCAUAUUAAGUUUCUUACUGUGGAUAUGUUCUCCCAUAUUCCAACAUAACGGCACCGAACUUGGCAAAUUAUUUUCCAUAUUUCUGUGUUAUGGUAUUGCUGGAAUACCUUUUGCUUAUAUAUUCAGCCGGAAAAAGACAGCAUCUGGUGCCUUUGCCUUAUUCGUCAUCAUGGGGAUGUUUUUGGGGAUCAUUUUUACACUAACCAUAGCAGUAUUACUAGAAUCGCAAGAUGAGUACUACAUAAAUAUUGGAAAUAAAAUUAAAUAUGUGUGUUUCUUCUUAGUACCGCAAGUUUCGUUAUCAGAUGCAUUGGUCGCAUUUAUUAGACGCACAGUUAAUAUUUACAAUUUCAAAAUAUCUCCCCAACGUUUGAGAGUUAUGUGUAAUCAGAUGGAGUCACAUCCUUGCUGCAGUGAAAGUUCAAUCGAAUGUAAAAAUUAUAAGAGCUACGCCAACUUAUUCAACGAACAUUACAUGUUUAUGAUAGGAUGCGGAGUUUUUUAUCUAGGGAUAAACAUUUUUCUAGAUACAUAUUUUAUGCUGAAAUUAAAAGCUAUGGUUAUUCGUCAAUGUAAUCGUAUUUUGAAAUCAUUCAAAGACAAAGAUACAGCAUUAGUCCCGAAAAAUGAGAAAUAUGUUAACGAAGAUAGUGACGGAUACAAUACUUUAAGAGCCAAGAAAAUAAUGAAAUUAUAUGCCGGAAAACAGAUAGUUAAAAAUAUAAAUUUCACUUUAAAGCACGGUCACUGUUUGGGUAUAUUAGGUGUAAAUGGUGCUGGUAAAACUACAACCUUUAAAAUGCUUACCAGAGAGGAAGUGGUUGAUGAUGGAGAAAUAAAGAUCGAAUUGGACAAUAAGCAACCUAUGGACAUUACAGGAAGCGAGUAUUUGGAGACAUUAGGUUACUGUCCUCAGGCAGAUUCGCUAAACUAUGUACUUACUGGAAGACAACUACUAAGUACUGUGGCAGCCUUACGAGGAGUUACUAAUGAAGCAAUGAUUGAUAAUUUUUUGGAAGCUUUUGACUUAAAACAAUAUGCGGAUAUCCCGUGUGGUCACUAUAGUGGAGGCAACAAAAGAAAACUAAGCUUGGCAAUAUCCCUUAUAGGUAACCGUAAAUUUGUAUUAUUGGACGAGCCCACUAACGGGGUAGAUCCGGCUACGAGAAGGAAGUGUUGGGAUCUGAUUAAGGGCAUGAAAGCGAAUAGUGGAAACAAAAUUGGAUUCAUUUUGACAUCUCAUAGUAUGACUGAAUGCGAAGCUUUAUGCGAUGAGCUUAAAAUAAUGAAGAAAGGUUCUUUUGUUGAAGAAGGAACAUUGGUGGAGUUAAAGAAUAGAUAUGGUGGAUUUACAUUAAAAUUGAAACUUGUAGGAAAUCAAGCUCAGCCGAUAAAUCUAAUGGAUGACGUAGACGAAGUAGAUGGAGUGUACACGACCAGUAACAAAUUUAAAAGUAUCGAGGAUCUAAAAUCAUAUUUUACAGAUCAUGAUCGCGGUGAAAUCAAAGAUGAACAUUCAGGUCUCCUCCAUGUUUACAUUAAAGACGAAAAUAAAAGAUGGUGCGAUAUUUUCCAAGAAGCGGAAGCUCUUAAAACACAUAAUUCGCAUUUGAUUGAAGAUUAUGCAAUCAGUGAAGCUUCAUUGGAAGACGUCUUUUUGAAAGUUGCCAGAACAGAUGAAGAAGAUGUUACCAAAAAGAAAUAGUGGAAUGGAUUUCUUUUUUAUUUUAUUUGCAAAAUUUAAUAUUUAUUAUUGCAAACAGUAACAUUUAACAAAACAAGUAAGAAUACAGGCUUGGAAAGCCUAUUGUUCUAAAGCUUUUGUGGCAUUUCAAUUUUUUUUCAAAAAUUAUAUUUGGAUAUAAACCACUGGUUGUUGCGUAAAACAAAAGAUCUUUUUAAAAUCCAUUCUUUUUAAUUUAAUAAAUAAAAACAAGAUAGUUUAUGAGGUUUAGGUGUAAAAGACGAUACAAUUGAUGGUUUCUAUUCUGAAAUAUAUUGUAAAAAAAUCCUGAAAGUAGUUCCACAAAAAAAUGUUUUCGGACUUACGGUAGUGAUUCAUUGAGCUUUAAUUUAGUCGAUUGGAGAUUAAAUCUCCUACGAUUCCUUUAUAUUAAGUAUAAUUUAAACCAUUAAAAUUAAACAAUGAUAUAUUAAAAGCCACCAUUCUUAUAAGAAAGGAGUAUGCAUUACUGUGAUAAAGUUAUGUGAUAUUUUCAAUUAAAAACAGGGAAUAAAUAUUAAAAUUGGGAC